AUGCCAGGCAUCAACAAAGUGCGCAAGCCGGGAGCAAAGGUUUGGUUUAUCAACGCACCGAUGGGGAAGAACAAGAUCGGGACCAUCAUGUCCACCCUGGCUGAGAAGGCAGGCAUAGCCGGCCGGAUGGUGAAUCACAGCGCACGAUCCAGUGUUUCAAGCAGCGAAAAAUGUUUGUCGGUAUGUUCAAAAAAGCUGCGCAGGAGUGGGCUAGACACUGCAAAACCAUAUCCACCAAUCCUAUCUUGUGACAUAGUCAAAAUGUUUGACACGGGCACUCUGAGCAUGGAUAACCUGCUCGCACUGCAGCGACUUGUGUAUUUCUACAUCGCCUUUUACCUGUGCCGUAGAGGGAGGGAGAACUUGCGUGACUUGAAGGGGAAGGUGUUCGAGUUAUACUGUAGCAAGAUAAAUACUAGGAAAUGCUCCUUUCUAUUCCAAAGGGUAAAUGUCAAGUAUAGUGCUGACUCAGGAAGUCGCCCAUGGUACUAUCCCCAACCUCUGGGCCGCAAUAAGAUAGGAGCUAUGAUGAAAAAGAUCUGUGCUGCUGCAAGUCUCAGCAAGGCAUGCACAAAUCACAGUGUUAGAGUGACAUCUAUUCAAGUCAUAGAUGAGGCAGGGUUUGAUACCAGAGAAGGUGGAGCGCAAGAGAUGAGGGAGAAGGCAGGGUCCAACACCACUGCUGGACCUCUGGCAUCACUGCUGGAUCCAGUCCUCCAGUAG